AUGCGUGAAAUGCUUGAGAGGAAGAACCGGGUGUUCAUCGGAGGGAUCACUGAAUCGGUCCGAAAGGAUGAGAUCGAGAAGGAGUUCGAGAAGUUCGGGAAACUGACGUCCGUAUGGGUCGCCCAAAACCCGCCCGGAUUUGCGUUCGUGGAGUACGAGAGAGAGUCCGACGCCGACGACGCCGUCCGCGAUAUGAAUGGCUCGUCGAUCGGCGGUUCGUCUUCUAAACUGCGUGUCGAGCACUCCAGAGGCCGAUCCAGUCGUGGCGGCGGUCGCGGCGGUGGCGGACGCGGCGGUGGAGGCGGCGGAGGCUUUGGUCGAGAGCGCAGUUUUGGAGGCGGCGGAGGUGGAGGUCGUGGCGGCGGUCGCGACUUUGGCGGCAGCCCCAGGGGUGGUGGGGGUUACGGUGGCAGUCGCGGCGGCGGUGGCGGCAGUUUUGGCGGUCGGGGCGGACCGUACGGACGCGGCGGCGACCGACGAGGCGGUAGUAGUGGCGGAGGCGGCGGUCGCUUCGGAGACCGAGGGGGCGAUCGGUUUGGUGGCGGCGGAGGCGGCGGUAGCUCUCGAGGCAGAGACUACGGGUCGAGUGGAGGUCACGGGGACUACAAGUCGAGUGGCGGCGGAGGCGGCGGUUCGUACCCUAACUACCGAAGCAGAUCGCCCUUAGGUGGCGGUCAGGGCCGCAGUGGACAGAGUUUCCGCAGCCGAGACUACUCGCCCUCAGGAGGCAAUUCGUAUUCUUCAGGCGGGAACAGUUAUAUGUCCGGAGGCAACAGGUAUUACACACACGACUAUAGCUAG